GACAGGUACUGGAUGUGGUUUGUUAUACGCAUCUCCAAGUCUCCCAUUGUUUUAUGCAUCUCCAAGUCUCCCUUCUUUCAGUUCCCAAUUCCAUUUGCAAAUUACAAGAAACUAAAAAAUGGCUUUGGAGGUUGUUGGUGGAGCUUUUCUCUCAGCUUUAUUUCAGGAGGUAUUUCGUAUGAUGGCUUCUCGGGAGGUCAUGGACUACAUCAGGGGAAAGAAACAGACACAAAGAUUACUAGACAAGCUGAAGAGCACGUUACGAUCUGUUAAUGUUGUUCUUGAUGAUGCUGAGGAGAAGCAAAUUAUCAACUCCGACGUGAAAGAGUGGCUCGAUGAGCUUAAAGAUGCGGUCUACGAUGCUGAGGAACUGUUGAGUGACAUCAAAACAGAAGUACUAAAGCGCAAGUUGGAAGCUGAUCGAUCUGGAAGUAGCACCAGUAAGGUACAACAACUUUUCUCUGAUUCCUUUCCUUCUUUUGACAAAGGAAUAGACCCCAAGAUCGAGGAAAUUUUUGAGAGACUGGAUUUUAUUGCAAAGGAAAAAGAUGUCCUCGAUUUGAAAAUAGGUGUCACACAUAGAACAAAGAUGAGAUUACUUGCAACUUCUUUGGUGGAAGAUUCAAGUGUGUAUGGAAGAGAAGAGGACAAGGAGAGGAUCACUAAACUUUUGUUAUCCGAUGAUGUGAUCGACGAUAGGAUAAGUGUCAUUCCUAUAGUGGGUAUGGGCGGGAUCGGAAGGACCACCGUUGCUCAGCUUGUAUACAACGAUGAAAGAGUGAAGCAGCAUUUUGACCUUCUAGCGUGGGUUUGUGUUUCAGACGAAUUUGACAUUGUUAGAGUCACACAAGUAAUAUGUGGCUUCGUCACAUUACAAACUUGUGAUAUCGCCGACCUAAAUCUGCUUCAGGUUAAACUUAAGGAAGCUUUGACAGGGAAGAAGUUUCUCUUUGUUCUUGACGAUGUCUGGAAUGAGAACUACAUUCACUGGGAUAUAUUAAGGCAUCCCUUUGAAUUUGGAGCACAUGGAAGUAAAAUCAUUGUCACAACGCGUAAUGAAAGCGUUGCGUCUAUGAUGGGUACUCUUCCAGCUCACCAUUUGAUACAGAUAUCCGAGGAAGACAGUUGGUGGUUAUUUGCAAAGCAUGCCUUCCAAAAUGCCAGUGUCAUUAGCGCGCAUCCCAAUCUUGAAGUAAUCGGAAGACAAAUUGUUAGAAAGUGUAAAGGACUUCCUUUAGCUGCAAAGUCACUCGGGGGUCUCUUACGCUCUAAAUUCAGUAUGAAAGAAUGGGAAAAUGUACUUAAGAGUGACUUAUGGGAGUUGUCAAAUAAGGAAAGUAACAUUCUGCCAGCUUUAUGGUUGAGCUACUAUUAUUUGCCUCCACAUCUUAAGCGUUGUUUUGCCUAUUGUUCGGUGUUUCCCAAAGGUUAUGAAUUUACAAAAUCAAGAUUGGUUUUGCUGUGGAUGGCCGAAGAUUUCUUACGACAAGAAAAGAAGAAACCGUUGGAAGAAGUUGGAGUUGACUACUUCAAUGAGCUAGUAUCAAGGUCAUUUUUUCAACAUUCAUCAAGUGUUCACAAUGGUUACAUCAUGCAUGAUCUCAUCAACGAUUUAGCAAAGUUUGUAUCCGGAGAAUUCUGUUUGCGGUUGGAAGACAAUGACUCAUUCGACAUUGUGAGGAAGACACGUCAUUUUUCAUUUUUGAUCGGUAGGGAUGGUCGUGAUUAUGAGAAAUUUGAGGCUUUAUAUAAAGCAAAGUAUUUGCACACCUUCCUAUCAUUACCGCAACGGAAUCCAACAUGUUCGUCAUUUCAAUUGUUGGACACGGUACUGAAUGAUCUAUUGCCAUGGCUACAAUGCUUAAGAGUGCUCACUUUAUCAUACUACACAAUUAAGGAGUUGCCUAACUCGUUUAGCAACUUGAAACAUCUAAGGUACUUGGACCUAUCUUCCACUCUACUGGAAAAGUUACCUGAGACAUUGUGUACCCUGUAUAAUUUACAAACGCUGUUGGUAUCUUAUUGUCGAGCUCUCACUCAGUUGCCAACUAACUUGGGAGCACUAAUCAACUUGCGUCAUCUUGAUAUCGAAGGUACAAAGUUAGAAAGGAUGCCACCACAUAUUGGAAAAUUGAAAGAUCUACGGACGUUAAGUGAGUUUGUCUUGGACAAAUGUACUGGGCAUAACAUUGUAGAGUUGAAGGAGCUUAAACAUUUGUGUGGAAAAUUUCGUAUGGUAGGGCUUCAUCAUAUUGACAAUGUCACGGAUGCAUCGGAGGCCAGUAUACGGGACAAGAAUUGCCUCAAUGAGCUAAGUUUGGAAUGGGAAGGUGACACUGACAACUCACAAAAAGAUAGAGAAGUGCUCGACAGCCUCCAACCCCAUACGAACAUAAAAAUACUCAGUAUCCAUUUUUAUGGAGGUACAAGAUUUCCUAGCUGGUUAGGAGAUUUUUCUUACUCCAAUUUAGUUGGUCUGAAACUUGUGAACUGUGGAAACUGUUGCUUCUUGCCACCACUGGGUCAGCUACCCUCCCUCAGAGAUCUUUCUAUUGAAGGGUUAAAUGGAGUGGUGUCGAUAGGUCCUGAGUUUUAUGGCUACGGCGGUAGUUGUGGAAUCAAGUCAUUUAGAUGUCUGAAAGUUUUGAAAUUCUGCAAUAUGCAGGAGUUGCAAGAAUGGUGUUACAUUGGAUUUAAUGAAGACGAUGGAGCUUUCCCCAAUCUUUCCCAGCUCGGUUUGCUGAUUUGUCCCAAGCUAAGCCGAAUGUUACCACUAGACUGCUUCCCAAAACUUGAAAAGCUGAAGUUGUUUGGAACUAAUCUAGAAUCCCUUACUGUUUCACAAGAAUCUCACUCUUCUAGUCUCCUAUUUUUCAAUUACUUGGAUAUAUUUUUAUGCCCAAAUUUUGUUUGUUUCCCCAAUGGAGGGUUGCGAGCACCCAACUUGACCGAGAUAAAGAUCUGUGGGUGUGAGAAAUUGAGGUCAUUGCCGGAACAGAUGCGCACCCUUCUCCCAUCUCUUCAUUUUAUGCUCAUUAGAGACUGCCCGGAAUUGGAAUCAUUUCCCGAAGGAGGACUUCCUUCACAAGUAAAAUCACUUUCCAUCUUUUCUUGCAAAAAGCUCAUUGCAAACCGUAUGCAGUGGGGUCUACGAACACUCGCCUCUCUCAGAAACUUGAAAGUUAGCUUUGAAAACAGUGAAGAACCUGAUAUGUUUCCUGAGGAGGGGCUGCUCCCCACCACUAUCACUUCUGUCUUCAUCUCACAUCUUUCAAAUCUGAACGGCAAGGGGUUUAGACAUCUCACCUCCCUUGAAAACUUGACAAUUGUGGAAUGCCCUGAGCUCCAGCGCUUGCCAGAGGAAGGGCUACCUGCUUCUCUUUCUGAGUUGAUAUUGAAGAAAUGUCCUUUGCUACAGCAACGUUGCCAGAGUGAAGGGGAAGAUUGGCCCAAGAUUGCUCACAUUCCUCGCAUAGAGAUCGAUGGGGAACCCGUAUAAAUAUCUUAGGGGGUCCAACUUCUUUUGGUGGUUCAUUCGAUGCCACUUCUCAAAUUCUGUUUCAAGAUUUUCCGUUACUGAUGGACAAGGUUGCUUCUGCUUUCUUUCUUCCAAAUUUCAGUGUUGGGGACUUGUGGAUCUGUUGUUGACAAUCAUGAGGCCGCUGAUUUCCUCAAAGUUCCAUAUGCUGACUUAGUAGUCCUUCCACAGGGCUGUUCCUCCUUCCCACCGAUGUUCUUUUCAAUUUUCAAGAUUUUCUCCGCACUGUUCGCUGAGGAGUUUUUCCAGUAGUGUUUUGUUUUUCUACCAAAUCAAAAAAUGUGACUGUGAGUGUGAAUGCAAAGGUUUGCCAGACUUCUCCAGUCGAUUUCUUUCUUGUGGACCAAGUUAGAGCAUUUGAAUGCACGUAGCAGCGAUCGAAAGAUAAUUGCAGAUGGUUCUACAUCAGGCACCAAUUUAUAUCUCGCUUGCAGCCGUGUUCUCUUUUCUACAGUCCUUUGCUUUUGUUCCGAAAUAGUUUUUGCGAGCGUAAGAUGUAAUAUAUUGAACUGAUUACAAGAUGCCUAGUUUCCUCGACUGGUUUACUGUAUCUGCUAUUGGUUUUUUGUUUUGAUAGAAAUGGGACGUUCAACCA